AUGUCAGCCAUAACCCUCCCAGACACAUCAUCCGUCCCCGUCCAUUCCCUCGACACGCUGCAGCAAGACGCUCUGCUGCCCAUCUGCAAGGCAUGUGGCACCCAGUAUCCCAAGCCUCGCCCCGACUGCCCUAUAUGUGAAGACCCUCGGCAGUAUGUCCCUGUUACAGGUCAAGAGUGGACUUCCCUUGCAGAGCUGGGCUCUGGCAGGAAGCACAUCCUCCAGCCGGACGAGGAAGACGCUCGCAUCAGUCAUAUCAUGACCGAGCCUGGGUUCGCCAUCAACCAGACACCCUUCUUGAUACAGACUGCCGAAGGAUCUUACAUCUGGGACUGUGCUGCCUUCUUGUCGGUGGGAUUGAUCGGUCAUCUGACAGCGCUGGAGAAGCCUCUGAAAGCCAUGGCGAUAUCACAUCCUCAUUUCUUUGCUACUUCUCUGACCUGGGCAAGAGCACUCAAGAUACCUCUCUACAUUUGUGCAUCCGAUCAGACAUGGUUCGCGAGAGCAGAAGACUUGGAAGAUUGUGAUGAUGUGAGGUCGUGGUUGGGCGAAGAAGUGCUUGGACCAGGCGUCAAGCUUGUCCAGUGUGGAGGUCACUUCCCCGGAUCCUGCGUACUUCACUGGGAUCGCCUCCUCGAGCCAUCUCCUCCCGCCGACAACCUGCCCACCACCCCCACGCCCGUCUCUGGCAUCAUAUUUGUCUCUGACACGCUCAUGAUCCGUCCUGCCCAAACUCACUUUUCCUUCCUCUGGUCCAUUCCCAACUCUAUUCCCCUCCGCCCGCAGUACGUCCUCGGCAUUCAAAAGGCGCUGGAGGGGGUGAAUUUCGCGCAGGCGACUUGUGCGUGGAGGAGUUUGUGGAUUCGAGAUGGGGCGAAGAAGGCUUUGGGAGAGAGUGUGGUGGAGUAUAUCGCAGGGGAGGGGUGGAGGUUGGAGAAUGGUAAACUGGUGCCGCUUCUGACUCAAUAA